CCCUAGGUUUGAAUUGUCUCUGACAACAUGGGAUGUGCACAGUCAACGGACGCGGGUUCUGCUCCAGGUGGUCGUGCAGCUGGUGGAUUGAACGUGACCGGCAGUCGAGCGUCUCCGAGUGGCAUCGAGUCCAAGAUAGUUCUUUUGGGAGAUUCAGGCGUUGGUAAAUCUUCGAUGGCUUUGAGAUUCUGCCAAGGCAGAUUCCCACCGUUCCAUGAAGUUACCAUCGGCGCGGCCUUUCUCCAGCAGAUCGUGCGGCUUCCGAGUUCUAACACGCAGCUGAAACUGCAUAUUUGGGAUACUGGUGGACAAGAGCGAUUCCGUGCCAUGGCGCCGCUAUACUAUCGAGAUGCUGCGGGUGCAGUCGUUGUGUAUGAUGUUGGCUCGAAAGAGUCUUUCGAGUCGGUGAAGUUUUGGGUAAGUGAGCUGCGUAGCAAGGGUCCACCGGACGUGCGUAUCGCGGUAGCUGGCAACAAGGCAGAUCUCCCAGAGUCCGAUCAGGUUGUUACAACACAAGAAGCAGAGGAAUUUUGUCAAGAAAACGGACUGUUGUGCUUUAGAACUUCAGCCAUGACUGGAGCCAAUAUCGGCAAACUGUUCGAAGCUGUCGCAGAGGAGGUGUACAAUGUGAUCAAGAGCAAGCAGCGCUCUCCCAGCGGCAGUGCUGGACCAGCCAUAUAG